AUGGAAUCAUCGGAAAAGUCUUUCCGUCCUCGAUUGGCUGAGGAUACUUCCACAAGUGAUAUAUCGGCUGCCAUUGAGGAAACCACGGAAGCGUUUCAAAGGGCUGCAACGGGAGGUUCAGAAAUGACAGACGAGAGACUGCAACAAAGUGAUGAAGAAAAAGAUGCAGAAGUAAGAGAUCUGAAUAGUGUGCUGCCAAAUAUGCAGCAAGAGUCUGGAGCGGCUCCCAUAAGCAAGCAACAGUCUCGCCUCUCGAGAGUCGCGACAGGAUUUUUUUCGUCGAGGCUCCAAGAGGACCGAAAAGUCUUAGUCUUCAAGUUUUUUUUCAAUCACUUCCUGUUGUGGUCCCUUAUAAUAGCUGUGUUCUCUCUUUACUGGGGUGCUACCUAUAAGCGCACCAGCUACUACUACAAGGUCAACAUUUUGGCCGUCAUUCAAGACGAGGGAUCGCUGGUCCAGGAACUUCCCUCUCUAAUUAGCAAAAGUCCUGGCACUUGGCACAUCUACAACUCUUCUUCCUUCCAAGCCAAGUAUGAUAUCUCACCUGUCCAAGUAGAUUCGAAAAUCACCGAGCUGGUGCAUCACCAAAAAUUCUGGAUGUCUCUAAACGUGAGGCCCAAUGCAACUUCUGCGCUUAUUGAUUCGCUCAACACGACUGAAGCACUGCCUUUCAACUCAUCCCGGUAUUUCGAAACAGUUUAUGAAAGUGGCCGCGACCCCACGAAUAUGAAAUCUAGCAUACUUCCACUCAUGCUUGGUCUUGAAGCAAUGUUCCAGCAAUAUUACACGACAUCAUACUUACCAAGCUUACUGGGGAACUACUCCUCACGCUUGAGCCAGGUCUCGUCAGCAAAUUUAGCUUCAGCGGGUGUCAUGCAGUUUAACCAGGUUGAUUACAGGCCAUUUACGAACUACGUCCUGCUUGGACCCCUGCAAGUAGGCCUCAUUUACUGCAUUCUGCUAACGUUCUUUCAGCUGUCUGUUUUUGCCUCCAUACAUGCCCGACUUGCCCCAAAACUCAAGCCAGUUCACAUGAUUUUGUACCGAUUUGUCAUCGGAUGGGUAAAUUAUUUCUUUCUGUCACUAUUUUUCUGCGUUGUUUCGUCCAUAUUUCAUGUUGACUACAAUGUGACGUACGGAAGAGCCGGGUUUGUUGUGGCGUGGAUGUCCUCCUGGCUUCUGAUGAUUGCUGUCGGGGGUGCGAACGAAAACAUGUUAACGAUUCUCAUGGCUUUCGGUCCUCAAUACUUGGGGUUUUGGAUGGUUUUCUGGGUUGUAUUCAAUAUAUCUCCCUCCUUCUAUCCGAUGGCUCUGACGAACAAUUUCUACCGCUAUGGGUAUAUGGCGCCAAUUCACAAUGGCGUUGACAUAUUCAGGGUCAUUUUCCUCGGUCUCUACCCCGGCCAUUUAGGACGCAAUUACGGUAUUUUAUGUGCCUGGAUUGGGGUGAACUCACUGUUGUUUCCCCUUUGUUUGAAGGUAUUCGCUGCGAAGAAAAAGAAGGACGCCGCGAAAGCAGCAGCAGCAGCAGCAAAUCACGCAUAG